UAUAUAUACUUAUAUAUAGAUACAUAUAUGAAUUUCUUUAAGGGAAUGUGAUUCAAUUUAGAGUGUAUAAAAUGAAGUUUUGGUUAGUGUUCCCAACUCUAUUAUGGUCGAUUGGGGUACAGAGUCAAUAUUAUGCAGGUAACUCGUAUAGCCCUGCCAGCAAUCAAGCAAUUCGUAUAGGCCUUAUCACAGACGAUGCCACGGAGAGGAUCCGUCGAACCUUUGAUCAUGCCAUCUCUGUGGUAAACAAUGAGCUGAGUGUCCCGCUAGUGGGAGAGACACAUCAAAUGACCAGCUAUGGCAAUUCAGUGGAAGCCUUUGGCCAACUAUGCAAACUAAUGCAAAGUGGAGUGGGUGCAGUUUUUGGACCAUCUGCCAAACAUACUUCCGCACAUCUGCUGAAUGCCUGCGACUCCAAGGACAUACCCUUUAUAUAUCCACAUCUCUCGUGGAGUUCACAGACCGAUGGAUUCAAUUUGCAUCCCCAUCCCGAGGAUAUUGCCAAUGCCUUGCACGAUAUUAUUGAACAGUUUCAAUGGUCACGUUACAUCUUCUGCUAUGAAUCCUCUGAAUACUUAACGAUAUUGGAUUAUCUGAUGAGUCGUUAUGGCAGAAAGAGUCCUGUCGUUAAGGUAUUGCGAUUUGAUCUGAAUCUUAAUGGCAAUUACAAGUCAGUAUUGCGACGUAUAAGAAAAUCGGAGGACAAUCGUAUUGUGAUUGUUGGCUCUACGGAGGGGGUGGCUGAGCUGCUGCGUCAGGCCCAACAAGUCGGCAUUAUGAAUGAGGAUUACACCUAUAUAAUUGGUAAUCUGGAUCUACACACAUUCGAGCUGGAGGAAUACAAGCACAGUGAGGUCAAUAUCACUGGCCUACGAAUGUUUUCACCCGAUCAGGAAGAAGUACGAAAUCUUGUUGAGUUAUUGCAUCAAGAGAUUGGCGAGAGUGAGUCAACUAAUAAUGGAUCUUCAUCCAUUACCCUGGCCAUGGCUCUGACAUAUGAUGCAAUCCGUGUAAUUGCCGAGACCACAAAGCAUUUGCCUUAUCAGCCACAAAUGUUAAACUGUUCCGAACGACAUGAUAAUGUCCAGCCAGAUGGGUCUACUUUUCGAAACUAUAUGCGAUCGCUGGAAAUCAAAGAUAAAACCAUGACGGGACGAGUUUACUUUGAGGGCAAUCGGCGAAAAGGUUUCACCUUUGAUGUCAUUGAGCUACAAAUCGGUGGUCUGGUCAAAGUUGGAGUUUGGGAGGAUGGCAAGGAAUUCGAAUUUAAGCGUCCGCCACCAGUAAUCAAUUAUAAUGAACUUGACGAUGGUUCAUUGGUAAAUAAGACCUUUAAGGUUCUUAUCUCUGUGACAACUCCUCCUUAUGCCAGUUUGGUGACCACUUUUGAGACUCUAAUUGGCAAUAAUCAGUAUCAAGGCUAUGGUGUUGAUCUAAUCAAGGAAUUGGCCGAUAAAUUGGGCUUUAAUUUCACCUUCCAGGAUGGCGGCAGUGAGUAUGGUUCAUUUAACAAGACCACCAAUACCACAACGGGCAUGCUUAAAGAAAUAGUCGAAGGACGAGCUGAUUUGGCCAUCUCUGACUUGACCAUAACAUCGGAACGGGAAGAAGUCAUUGAUUUUUCUAUACCUUUUAUGAAUCUGGGCAUUGCCAUUCUCUAUGUCAAAGCACAAAAGGCGCCACCUGCACUUUUCUCCUUUAUGGAUCCCUUUUCCAAGGAAGUAUGGCUAUAUCUGGGCAUCGCUUAUCUGGGUGUCUCUCUAUGUUUCUUUAUACUGGGUCGCCUCUCGCCCACCGAAUGGGAUAAUCCAUAUCCAUGCAUUGAAGAGCCCGAAGAACUGGAGAAUCAGUGUAGCAUAAAUAAUUCGCUAUGGUUCACAACUGGAGCCCUACUGCAGCAGGGAUCGGAAAUUGCACCAAAAGCUUUAAGUGUUCGUACGAUUUCGGCUAUUUGGUGGUUCUUCACACUGAUCAUGGUCUCCUCGUAUACUGCCAAUUUGGCUGCCUUUUUGACAAUUGAAUAUCCCACAAGUCCCAUUAACAAUGUGGACGACUUGGCCGAAAACAAAGAUGGUGUACAAUAUGGAGCAAAACGGGAGGGAUCUACUAGGAAUUUCUUUUUGACUUCGGAGGAUCCCACUUAUAUGAAAAUGAACGAAUACUUGAUGAGCCAUCCAGAAAUGUUAGUUGCUACCAAUCAGGAGGGAGUCUCUAAGGUUGAAGCUGGACGAGAUUAUGCCUUCUUAAUGGAAUCCACUUCAAUUGAGUACACCAUGGUAAGGCAUUGCAAUCUAACAAAAGUUGGCGAAGCUCUCGAUGAAAAGGGUUAUGGCAUAGCAAUGAUAAAAAAUUGGCCCUAUCGAGAUAAAUUCAAUAAUGCUCUAUUGGAGCUUCAGGAGCAAGGUGUUUUGGCUAAAUUGAAAAACAAAUGGUGGAAUGAAGUUGGAGCUGGUGUUUGCAGUAAAAAAGCCACCGAUGAUGGUCCCUCAGAAUUGGGUGUCGAUAAUCUUAUGGGUAUUUAUGUCGUCUUGGGUAUUGGAACAAUUUUGUCUAUUCUACUCUCCAUUAUGUAUUGGUGCAUAUUUGUCUUCAAAAAAGCCAAAUUCUAUGAGGUACGUUUCUGUGAUGCCCUGGUCGAGGAGUUUUUAAUUGUGGUUCGUUUUUCGGAAAAUGAACGUGCUCUAAAAAGUGCCCAAUCGGUUUAUUCCCGCAGUCGCAACUCUUCACAGUCCAUAGAGUCACUCGAAACGGAUUCUGAGGAAAAUAUAUCCAGAGAGGAUUAAGCUUUUCCACUUAAGCUUUCACUCAAAAAUCAUAUUUUCCAAAUUGUCAAUUCGAUCAAGUUUUCAGUUCUAACAAUUCGCUCAACAAGUGAGGACAAUAAAAUUGGAAAAAUAUUGUUUUCUUGCUUUAA